GUGUAGGAGCGGCCUGACGUCUCCCACUCUGUGUGAAUGAGCUGCGGGAGAAGAGUGUGACAACAGCUCAGCAGGAGAAGAAACCAUCGCGGAAACACUUUCUUACUUCUUCCCGCUUCCUCCCUCGACCCGAAUGCCUGCGUGACGACUGAAGCGACUCAGUUAUGGAGCGCUCCAAACCUCUGCUUGCUCCUAAGCCCUUCUCCCUGCAGAAGAACACUUCCAUUCGCUCCAUCCACGCUCCAAAGACGGUCACCACCAAGACUGUCAAGUCAACAACGAACCAAACUGGAAAAUCUGAAGCUGCGGAUGUCGCCAAACUGACUCCGACCGCCCACGCUCAGAAACCUCCCAAGCAAACCACUGCCCCUAGCUCCAAACUCAGGUCUGUGAGCGAGAACACGAAACAUAUAGCAAAAACUACCAAAGAAAGUACACCAACCCAACGUGACGAGGAUACUCCUGAUUCUAGUGUCGCUCCAGGAAAAUCCGAUCCUGCCUCACAAACUUCUCCACCCAAAGAGACACCCACGUCCGAGCCACUGCAGAAAGACGAUGUCCUCCAAACAAACCACAAUGUAUCCACUGAUCUUGUUACCAACUCAGAACAGAAAGAUGACAAAAAGAAAGAAGAUGAAACUCAGCCGUCUGUCGUCCAAAAGCCUGAAGAACCAGGGAGCGGCGCUUCCUCUCCGCCAAAUACGGUGAAUCGAUGGGGCGGCCCAAGGAGGAGUCUGUCCACGAAGCUCACUUCAAGGUUUCAGUCGGGUGGUGCACCCCGGCCUCCCCAGCCAACGAUAACCGUAUCUACGAGCGACAGCAAAGACGAGUCAAACAAGCCGGCGUCCUCCAACCUAGAGCAGAACCAGACAACAGAGCCAUCAAGCAGAGAGACUGAUGAAGGAGGACUGAAGGAAGAUUAUGGCGGAGGAGGAAGUAUCAAGCGCAGAAUCAGUCUUCUGUUUGACUCCUCACAGAGGCCAGAGGUCAUGACAAAGAAAGAGGAGCCCGACAUCGUUAACUGUACAGGGGGCGUGAAGCAGCGAAUCAAACACUGGGUGGUGGAUACAAAUUCUGAGGGUGCCAAGACGGAGGAGAAUCCUCAGGUUGCACCUCGGCCUCGGUCUCGUAGCUUUGAGCCCAUGGCUGCUCCAAUAGCAGAGAAAAUACCCGAAACACCAUCACAUGAGAAACCUGCCGCAACCAGAACGUUGUCUACAAAGGAUGUGGAUCCAGGUCCAAAGAUCUCCUCAGCUGAACCCCCCAUACAGCCCCCAGUGGAAACACCUAAAGACGUUUCUACAGAAAUUAAGUCUACGGUUAGCUCAAGCGAGAAACCUGGAGAGGACAAGCAGAAGAAAUCAACCGAUGGCGAGGUUCGACUCCGCAGUCGAAGCCCAUCUGCAACGCAAACAGCUAACGAUGAGGCAGACAGUGGCCAGCGACCUCUAAAGAGAGACAAUGUCAAGCGUCGCUCUGUUCGCUUUGGUAUCGUGGAGAGAGACGAUGGUGGGCCUCCACUGAUCCUGGGCUCAGCGUCGGAGUCCAGCUCAGAAGAAGAAGAAGAAGAAGAAGCUUCUGAGGAUAAAGCUGAGGAGGAAACUGUUUCGCUCCCCGUCUACAGACGAGUGGGAAGUCUUCAGAGAAAGGAUCAAGAGAAGCUAAAACAAGAAGAGGAGCGACUGAAACAUUUGGAGCUUGAAAGACAGAGAGCAGAGGAGAACAAACAGGCGAGACUUAAGUUGGAAGAAGACCAUAAACGAGAGGAAGAGAAGGAGAAAGAAAACUUGAGGCAGAGGGAACAGGAAAAACGGAGAGAGGAGGAAAGGGAAAGAGAGAAGUUGGAGGAGGAGGAGAUGGAGAGACAGCGGAAAGAGGAGUGGAAGAGGGAAAGGUUGAGAGAAGAGGAACACGAAAGGGAGAGGCUACGAGAGGAAGAAAGAGAAAGGGAAAGACAGAUGGAGAUCAUGUUGCAAAGACAAAGACAGGAGGAAAGUGAGAAGGCAAAGCAGAAAGAAGAGAGACUAAAGCAGGAUCAGGAGGAGAGUGAAAGAGAGAGGUUGAGGGAGGAAAGAGAAAGACAGAGGUUGAGGGAGGAGCAGGAGAGACCGAUUCAUGAACACGAGGAACACAAAUCACAGGGGCAACUGAGAGAGAAGGAGAUUAAUAAAAGGAAACAAAGAGAGGAGGUGUGGGAAAAAGAGUGGGUGAAACGGACAGAGAGUUUAGAACAAGAAGAAAAAGAAGAGAUGGAGGGAGAAAACAAGUUGCUGCGGCAGAGACAAAAAGAGGAGGACAGAGAGACUGCGAGGCAGAAAGAGGAAAGACUUAAACAAGAGGAGAGGGAGAAAGAAAGAUUGAAAAAGGAGGCUGAGGAAAGAGAGAGGGAGAGAGAAAAGGAGUUUAUGUUGCAGAGACAGAAAGAGGAGGAAAGAGAGAGAGCGAGGCAGAAAGAGGAAAGACUUCAACAAGAGGAGAGGGAGAAAGAAAGAUUGAAAAAGGAGGCUGACGAAAGAGAGAGGGAGAGAGAAAAAGAGUUGAUGUUGCAGAGACAGAAAGAGGAGGAAAGAGAGAGAGCGAGGCAGAAAGAGGAAAGACUUCAACAAGAGGAGAGGGAGAAAGAAAGAUUGAGAAAGGAGGCUGAUGAAAGAGAGAGGGAGAGAGAAAAAGAGUUGAUGUUCAAGAGACAGAAAGAGGAGGAAAGAGAGAGAGCGAGGCAGAAAGAGGAAAGACUUCAACAAGAGGAGAGAGAGAAAGAAAUAUUGAAAAAGGAGGCUGACGAAAGAGAGAGGGAGAGAGAAAAAGAGUUGAUGUUCAAGAGACAGAAAGAGGAGGAAAGAGAGAGAGCGAGGCAGAAAGAGGAAAGACUUCAACAAGAGGAGAGGGAGAAAGAAAGAUUGAGAAAGGAGGCUGAGGAAAGAGAGAGGGAGAGAGAAAAAGAGUUGAUAUGGCAGAGACAGAAAGAGGAGGACAGAGAGAGAGCAAGGCAGAAAGAGGAGAGACUUAAACAAGAGGAGGUGGAGAAAGAAAGAAUUAGAGAGGAGGCUGAGGAAAGAGAGAGGGAGAGAGAAAAAGAGUUGAUGUGGCAGAGACAGAAAGAGGAGGACAGAGAGAGAGCGAGGCAGAAAGAGGAGAGACUUAAACAAGAGGAGGGGGAGAAAGAAAGACAAAGAGAGGAGGCUGAGGAAAGAAAGAGGGAUAGGCAAAGGAGGCUGGAAGAAGAAGAGAGAAUGAGGGAAAGACAGAGACAGGAGGAAGAGGAGAAAGAAAGAGAGGAGUUGGAGAGGAGAAUGCAGCAGGAAAGAGAGCGAGAGAUGGAGACGACGAGGCGAAUAGAAAAACAGAGAGAGGAGGAGAGAAGGGAGGAGGAGAGGGGGUUACAGAUGGAGAGGGAACGUUUGGUGGAGCUGGAGAGAAAAAUGCAGGAGGAAUUGGAAAUGAAGCGAGAGAAAGAACUGGAGGAAAGGGUGAGAAUGUAUGAAGAAAGAGAAAGGGAGGGAAGGAAGAGUGCAGCAGAUUUAAUCAGCUUUGACUCUGAAGACGUCCCUCAGAACUCGAGGACCCCAAAUGUACCCUCAGAGACCCCUGGGAGUCCGACCAAAGUCGUGUACGAUGACUUCUCCGUCAGGAAGCCUCUGAACGAGGUGGUUUUUGACGAUUUUUCAGUCAAGCCAAAGAGAUGGGGCUCGCGGCCCAAAGCGGAAACUAGUCCAGUCGUCGACAGCUGGACAACAAGUCCCGUGGAUAGAAGAGAAGAGGAGGAGGUGCUGAUGCCCCAGAGUGUUUCCCCUCAGGAAAACUACGCACCCCAGCAUGGUGCAAAACCAGACAGUCCAGAGCCUCCUCCAGCUGUGGAGAGAGCAGAGGAGAAGGAGGAGGAGGUGGAAGAGAGGCCAGAGGAGGAACAGCUCAUCACAUUCGAAGUGGAGGAAGAGGAGGAGAAGGAGGUGGAGGAAGAGGAGGAUGAGGAGAUAGAGGAAGAGAUGGAUGAAGGAGAGGAAGAAGAAGAAGAUCAUAAGACACAGGUUAACAGCUAUUCUGUAAACAGAGAUGACAAAGACACGGAUGCUCUGAUAGACAGUGAGCCAGAGCAGCUGAGUCCCCUCCAUGAACAGACACCUGAAACUGACAGUCCAAAGCUGAUCGCUGACCAAGUUCCUGAAGUCGCCUCUCAAGAUGUUGAUACCACUGACUUCUCUUCAUUCCCUGAGAGCUCCGCCCCACUCCUCGACACCAGUGCACAGAAAUCCAAGGCCAAUGUUGGAAAGAGGCGACUUCGAUCGCGUCCGUCACGCUCGAUCCGUGCAGCGCCAACUCCAAGGGACAUGUUGGAUUGGAGGGCUUGUGACACCGCAGAUGGAAAGGAGGUGUCUUCCCAACAAAGGGACUCAGAUUCUGAGGAGGAUCAGCCAAAACCGAAGAAAGCCUUACCUCCCCCUCCCACCUCACAAAGAGUCUCAGUGUUCCCUGGUCUGAGCCCUACAGCCCUGAUUGCUCAACUAAAAAGGAGAUCAGUGAGAGGAGCAUCUGGGGGAAGAGAUGUGACAGAAGAACACAAGGGAAGAGAAGAGCGAGGAGGUCAACGCGAGGCAACAGCCCCAUCACCCUCACCAGUCUCCCGCUCCUCGCCUCGCUCUGCUUCUCAUCUCGCGGGGGCCGCACUUGUGCUGCCACCCCUGGGCGGCACAGAUGGAGGAACCAGCUCUUCUCCUGCUUGGCUGAAAGAGCUGAAGUCUAAGAAGCGCCUAAGUCAUCUCGACAGCGAGGCUUAGCCAGACACGGGACACUGUACCAUGGCCUUUGAGCAAGAAUCAAUUCAUCUCAGCCGAUGAUGCUCCUGACAGACGUCUUGUUAAGAUUGCUCAUUUUCCACUUCGAGUGCCUUAUUUUGAACCUUUACUGGUUCAAUCAGAGGAGGGGUUUCUGGAUAUAGAGCCCCCCUGAUAACUUUUAUCUUGUAAAUGAAAUAAUUGUGCCAAGGAUGUGAUGUUUUAAUGCCAAGUUUUAUGUUUUAUUGACUGUUGUACAGAGGCUGAGUGGAGGGUGAACACCCCAAUAUAAUUUAGAAAAAAGCCAUGCACUGUCUUGUUGUCUGAAUUUCCAAGUCCAUCACAUUCCGACAGGAACUGAUAACACCAGACCUUCAGCAGAGUACGUACCAUCAUACACAUGCACACCUAUACUGUAUAUACAGGAACUACUGAAUAUAAAUGAUGGAUCGCAAAUUGUGUGUAUUUAGUGGGAAUUGUAUAAAAUGCCUUUGGAAUUAUUUUACAGAUCACAAAUCGUCCCAAGUAAAACUACCUAGCACUUUAAGAAACAUAGCAAAUUAUCUUCCAUACAGUGCGAUAGAUUAACCAAGUAGAUAAUUGUUGUAACAGGGUCAUGGGAUUUUCUUUUUCUUUUUUGAACACCUUGAAUGCCUUUCUUCUCUUCAAAGUUGACCAACAUGUAAGGAUACAGUCCCUGGUUGUAUUAAAAUGGCUACAAGCUGAUCAGAACAUCAGCAGUGAGCUGAGAGGAAAAUGCAGAAAUGCUGUAAUGGACUUAAAGAGUGUGUUUUGUAAAAUCUCAAAACAAAUGUUUUCUUCAGCUUGAAAUUAUUUUCCAAGUGCUUUUUUUAAACGUUAAUGAUUGACUGUCAUCGAUGCUGUAAUCAUUUAUGAUCAACUGUCUGUAUGAUAAGAGGAAAUCGAGGGACCUUUAUUAAAACCUUUUCUAUGAAAUACAA